AUGGGUCUCGGUGUGCUUGACGACAGCCAUCUCGAGCAUGUGCCCGGCACGGCGCUCUUAACGGACGUCCUGGGAGCGGACGGACAAGGUCUCAACACCUCGCUGCUGAAGCACGGGAAGGGGAGGAACUCAGAUGUCCUACUUGUCCCGCAGCCAUCGCGGAGUCCAAACGACCCGCUGAACUGGCCUCUAUGGAAGAAAGAUCUAAUGCUCUUCUUCAUCUGUAUCGACACCGCCAUCGUCGGAGCAUGGGGCCCCAUGAUCUCCCCCGGUUACGCCCAAAUGGCCGCAGACUGGAACAUGUCCUACAACGCCCUCAACGGCGGUCUCGGCUGGGGCAUCUUCGUCAUCGGCAUCUCGUGCUUCUUCACCAACUCACUCGCCGUGAUCUGGGGUCGACGCCCGAUCUUCCUGCUGGGUAAUCUGCUAUUGUUCAUCAGCAGCUUGUGGGGAUACUUCGCGCACUCGUACAAUUCCCUGCUGGCGUCGAGGCUGGUGGGGUGUAUUGGGAUGUCGCCGUUCGAAGUACUUGUCACGACGACGAUUGCAGACCUGUACUUUGUCCAUCAGCGUGGUCUUCGACUUGCCAUGUGGGGAUUAUGCCUCUCCGUCGGCGUCGGCGGCGGCUCCAUCAUCAGCGGCUACAUCAUCCAAGACCUCGGCUGGAACUGGACGUAUGGCAUCUGCGCCGUCCUCUACGGCGUCUGGAUCCUCGUCCUCUUCUUCUUCUGCCCGGAGACCGCCUACCGCCGCGACGAAGCCUACAACACCGACCUCGGCACCACCGACCACACGGAAGAGCUGGCAGAAAAGCGCGCGGGCCUCGACAAGUCGUCCAAGGUCGAGACGAUCGAGCAAGUCGAGACCAACACCAGCUGGUCCGAGCCGAAGCACAGCUACGCCCACGAGCUCAAGAUCUUCCAUGGACGGCAGUGCGAUGAUGCGUUCUGGAAAGUCUUGACGCGGCCGCUGAUGAUGCUGAUAUUCCCGCAAGUGCUGUUCUCGUUCUUCGCGUAUGGGUUGACGACUUCCUGGCUUGUCGUCGUGGGCAGUAUCCUCGCGCAGGUCUUCACCGUGGAGCCGUACAGCUUCUCCGUGUCAGAAGUUGGCCUCGUCGCCAUCUCACCACUCAUCGGCGCCAUCGUGGGUGCCUUUGUCACCGGACCGCUGGCAGAUUGGAUCGUCAAGUUCAUGUCGCGCCGCAACAAGGGCGUCUACGAGCCGGAAUUCAGACUCGUCAUGAUCUCCAUCUCCCUCCUCCUAGGCGGCAUCUCCUUCUUCGGCUUCGGCUGGUCGCUCCAAGUGCACGACCCCUGGAUCGGCCCCGUCAUCUUUUACGGCCUGCAGUACUUCUCCGUCGGCUUCGUUACUAUCGCCAUCUACGGCUACCUGACCGACUGCCACCGGGACAAAGCGCCUGAAGCUUUCGCCGCGAUCAACUUGCGGAAUAUUUACAGCUUCGGAAUGAAUUACUUCAUUGCUAGCUGGAUUUCCAGCCAGGGGCCGAAGGAAGUGUUUUGUAUCAUUGGGGGCGUGCAUGUGUUUAUCUGUCUGUGCGCAAUACCGAUGUAUAUGUUUGGGAAGAGGUGUCGGAGUUGGACGAGUCGGGUUGGGAUUUUUCGGACGGUGAUGAGCGCUUGA